GAGUGUGCUGCUCAAGCGGCUCGGCAGAGAAAGGGACCUGAAAUAGACAAGCCAAGCUGUGUAGCUCCAUUUGCACACCGUUCUCCGGGUCACGCCGAAAGACCUCUUUGAAAGGGGACGUCUUCCACCACGUGAUGGACGCAACAGUCUGUAAUUCGUCUUCCGUGCGGGCGGCGGCGGAAAUCGGAGUUUCGUGCUCUGUUUUGUUUUGUAAAUGUGCCCAGAAGCUGUAUUUCGCAGAGUCCGGCAGUCUAUCGCCGACGCUGGUCUCAACCAAAUUGGUGAGAUCAGGACACACUGGUUGGUGACGGUCCAGUGGCUCACUGUAUCGUCAUUCGGCCUGCUCAAAGAGUGGCCCGUUGACAAAGCAUCUUCGGUGAGGUCUCAACGUGUUGAAAGAUGGCGACAGAGCAAAUUUACAAGCAAUUCACGUCUCGUACACUCCUCAAUUUCUUUGAAGUAGCGGCCCUCACAGACGGAGAGACUAAUGAGUCAGUCGCUGCAGUUUGCAAGAUUGCCGCGAAAGAUCCAGCGAUUGUUGGCGUCUCCGUGAGGCCCGCCUUUGUCAGGUUUAUCAGGCAAGAGUUGGUCAAGUCGGCCCCGGAGGUGGCAGGCAUCAAAGUGUGCGCUGCCGUCAACUUCCCCGAAGGGACCGGAACGCCGGAUACUGUUUCGCUGGAGGCUGUUGGAGCGUUGAAAGAUGGGGCGGACGAGAUCGAAUGCCUCAUAGAUUGGAGGCGAAUGAACGAGAACGUCGCUGAUGGAGAGUCUCGUAUUCGGCUCCUCGUUAGUGAGGUGAAAAAGGUCGUUGGUCCUAAAACGCUUAAAGUAGUUCUCAGUGGCGGAGAACUCCAAGGAGGCGAUAUUAUCAGCAGGGCAGCCGUGGCUGCACUUGAAGGUGGCGCGGACUUCCUCCAAACAUCGUCAGGAUUGGGAGCCACCCACGCGACUAUGUUUACAGUUCACUUGAUUUCCAUAGCGCUUCGCGAGUACAUGGUCCGUGAAAACGAAAGGAUCCGCGUCGAGGGCAUCAAUCGCGAAGGCGCCGCCGUGAGGUGCAUAGGAAUCAAGAUUGAGGUUGGGGACGUACACAUGGCGGAAACAGCCGAUUUUCUGAUGCAGAUGAUUUUCGAGAAUGGGCCGAGGUCUAUCGUUCGAGAUAAAUUCCGUGUUGGGGGAGGCUUCAAUCUACUGAAAGAACUGAGAGACUGCUACGAGUCAUGGGACUCCGUAGGAGUGUCUCCAGACACGAGCCCGUGACGCUGGGUGUGCAGGGGUGUAAUCUGUUGAAUACUACAAGCUUGCAGAAGAUGCCGUAGAUAGUGUUUACAUUUUCCUCGAAAAUAUCGUAGUGACAGCAGUGAAUUAGGUGUGAACAUAGUUUUUCCAAACUACAGCAACGCAGUGUCGUCUGUUAUUCAUGCACCUGAGUGGAAGCAGAGCGUUUGUGUGCCACCGUGUCUACCAAACACAGCAGUUACAGUUUUUUUAAAACAUCAGCCACGAUGGAGAGCAAUUCAGGGGGAGAUCGCGUCCUGUCGCGCAAGAUGGCACAACCUCAUGUAAGACGUACCGUGAUCACCUCGAACAAGGCGUACCCAACAUUUUUCGAAGGGGUUAAAACAGCACCCAACAGAAGCGUCAACGUAUCACAGGCUGUACCAAAUCGGGUGCUUUUGUGACUCCUGCUCUCAAACACGUUUCGUGAUCUGAUGUGGGAGAGUGUUAGAGAAGCUUAUAAACUGGGCGUGGAGGACUGGCGAGAAACAUCAGGUGUCUUCUGUACGUAAGGAUAGUCAUCUCGUCAAUACAGGGCGGCACAAACAUAAGUGCAUCCUUACUGUCCUGUUCACGGAGGCGUUUAGUUGGGCACACUGCACCCCUUUGGCACCCUUCGGAAUCUUGCGGCGUGAAGAUGUUUCGUCAACAGCAAGGCGCUCCUGGGUAUAGUGAGCUGUCGGCCCGGGUGGAAACUUGCGAGCUGCAUCGCUAGUAGAUUUCAUGUCAUUGGUCCCAGUGGCGUCGGUUGUCCUGGCCGUCGUUCGUCGCAGUGCUAGAAGAGGGGCCGAAUCAUGCGCAGCGAGAGCAGCGAACUACCGCGAGUGAGCGCCUUACGGUUUUGAGCGCGGUCGAUUGGAAGGUAGUUUGUACGGUUUCCAACGCCAUAUGUUCCAAGGGGGGGCAGAAUCCUCCGACUCCGUUUUGCGAUUGAAUCAGCUACGGAAUCGUCUUUGGUGAAGGCACUGCCAUUCGACAGAACAUGAUCGCCCUCCAAAAUGUUGAAACUCUCCAGUUGUUCGGUAAUAGGAAGCAAAGGAACACUGUAGCAUGGUCGCU